AUGAAUAUUAACCCAUUGAACCAGUUUCGAGAUGAAAUUGAAGAACAAUUAAAGAAAGAGCAUCCUGAUUGGGGUAAGAAAGAACUUAUUAAAGAAAUUGCUGAUAGAUGGCGAGCAAUGACCGAAGAAGAAAGAAAUAAGUAUAGAAAGCCAAGUUCACCUUAUCUUCAAAGAACAGAAAAGAAGUUCGCUAGUCCAACUGGUCUUAAUAUUAAACCAGGGCUAAAUAUAAAGUUAUCAAAUUUAAAGUUCAAACUUCCAGAAAACGAUACUAAAAAUACAACAACUGUUAAGCCGUUACUAUCUAUUAAGAGGAAACCCGAAUUAAAACCUCAAUUUGAUGAUAAUGAAACAGAAUUAAUGGAAUUCUCUAGUUUUGUUGCUCCAAACACAAACACUCCUCAAAAUAUUGGACGUCCAUCAGCAUUCAAGUCAUUAAGUUUCGGUAAAAAAGAAAAUGAUGGAAAAAUCGCACGUCAAAGAGCAGAGCCACCAAAUUUAUUGGUAUCAUCUAUUGUAUCAGAUAAGCAUGAAAGCAAGUUACUAGAAUUCAUAAAAAGCGAAAAACAAGAUUACAUUAAAGAGCAUCCAACAGCCAGCUCAUUUGAAACUAUGGUUGCUCUAAGAAGGAAGUAUGAGGAUCUCAAUCCGGAUCAAAACUCGUCCAAUAUCGAAAAUGGCAAGCAAAUCAGUAAAGAUAAAAAAGAAAAGCCACAAAAGACAGAUAAAAAGGAGAAACCUGAUAAAAAGAAGCCAGAAAAGAAAGAGAAAAAGAAAGUCCAUCGUAAAUUCUCUUUUGCAUCAACAUCAUCUUCUUCAUCGAGUUCUUCAAGCUCUUCCAGUUCAUCUAGCUCAUCUUCCUCAUCAAGUUCUUCAUCUUCUUCUUCUUCAAGUUCCUCUUCAAGCUCUUCUUCAUCUUCUUCCAGUUCAUCUUCAUAUUCAUCUUCAUAUUCAGAUGAAGAAGUCUUUGUUAUUAAUACAUUAACUCCCAGUUAUAACUAUAGUCCAUAUUACUACCCACCAAUGUAUCAAUUUGCUAUGAAUAAUGUUCGAAUGACAACCAAAACGAAUAUUAUCAUUAGAGUCCCUGUUUCGAAGGAUUCAUCUUCUUCGUCAUCAUCCUCAUCAGACUAA